AUGGGAAGGAAAUCAACGAUAAAACCAGCUUCUGGAAUAGCAGUCGGUUUCAACAGCGGACAUAUCGUGAGCAAAAGGAACUUGAAAGGAAGCAUCAAGAAAAAACCAAAAUCCAAAAGAAAAGAAUUAAUAAAUGACGUUGUUAGAGAAAUAACAGGAUUUAGCCCCUAUGAAAAAAGACUAAUCGAAUUGAUCAAAGUAGGAACGUCUGCUGCAACUAAGAGAAGUUUAAAAUAUGCCAAGAAAAAAUUAGGUACUCAUAAAAGGGGUAAGGCGAAAAGAGAAGAAAUACAAAAAAUAGUCAUUAUGCAAAGAAGAAAGGGUGCAACUGAGAAGCACUAG